CGAGCUGCUCGUGCUUGCUGCCAGCGCUCCGGCUACUCCCUGGCCGAGGAGGGCCGCGAGGAACGAGCUGUGGCCAGCGCCGCCGAGUCCUCGCCCCCGCCCCCGGGAGCCCGAGGGAGAGCGGCGAAGGUCCGAGUGUCGUAAGCCAGCAGUCAGGGCCGCUGGGAUGACGGGGUCGUAGGGUAGAGGUUUAGCCUGCUGGCAGCCAUGGGUGAGUGGAUGAAGAAAAGCCCUUUGGAAUGGCAAGAUUAUGUUUAUAAAGAAGUCAGAGUGAUAGCCAGUGAGAAGGAGUACAAGGGAUGGCUGUUAACUACCGACCCAGUCUCUGCCAAUAUUGUCCUUGUGAACUUCCUUGAAGAUGGCAGCUUGUCUGUGACUGGUGUCAUGGGACAGUGUGUGCAGACUGUUGAAACUGUGAAUGAAAGGGACCCCAGGGUAAAAGAAAAGCUGAUGCAUCUCUUUACAUCUGGAGAUUACAACGGAUUCAGUCCUGAGGAUUUGGACAGGAGAAAGAAGAGCCUCAAGAAAUGGCUUGAGAAGAACCACAUCCCCGUCACUGAGCAGGGAGAGGCACAAAGGACUCUGUGUGUGGCUGGGGCUCUGACCAUACACCCACCAUAUGCUCCAGAAAACUGCAGCAGCUCUAAUGAAAUUAUUCUGUCCCGUAUUCAAGAUCUUAUUCGAGGGCAUCUGCAGUAAAAGCUCUAGAACUGAUUAAAAAUGAUUUUAAUUUUUA